AUGCCCCUCACCGCCCUCGAUCCCCUCCCCUCCGAGAUCCGCCAACUCAUCUUCCAGCACCUCCAGUCGACCACCGACAAACCCACCCUCGCUACCCUUGCAUGCGUCUCUCGCGCAAUAUACGCCGAGUCAAUCCCUCGCCUAUACGAGACGGUCCGCCUCAAUGCUUUCAAUGCGGAGGCCUUUUUCGGACGUCUCAUAUCCGAUGGCCUAGGUGGUAUCGACAAAGAGAUCGCCGCCCAUAAACCGUAUCUCAAGCACUACGUCUCCCAACUCCCUGAAUCACUAGAGAGGCUCUCAUCCUCCCGUUUCAUUCCGUCUCCUAUCGCGCGGAAGCUCUGUCAGCUCUGGUCGACUGAUCGUGUACUUCUUGAGGACGGUCUCGCCGCAUCCUACCUGCAGCUCGUCGCAAAUGAGACCGAGUUCGAUUACGACACAUUUAAUGUCUCCUCUUACUUGCUUGGUGAUCAUUUGACUGGGUCGCUCAUCCUGGGCGAGUCUCUCGCUAGAUGUCUCAUUCUCUACCCGCAAGUCUGGUCGGGUGUCUCUAAAAUGCUCAAGUCAUGUGACAUGGCCAUGUUCACGUCCUUUUGCGUUCAUCUACCUCUUGAUUGUGGGGGUCCCUCUGCAGCGCUAUUCUACCAAGACAUAUGGCCAACGGCGAACGAAUUUCAUGACAUCGAAGAGAUGUGCUUCCACAACGCAAAUCCUCUGGACCUCAUGUCUGAUAUCAUCGGCCAAGACGUGCACGUCUUCCUGAAGCCCGAGUCUUCGCAGGGUAUGAUCUCGCACGAAAUCGGUAUCGGUGCACUCAUGUUUUACUAUCUCAAUAGGUCAAUCAGAGUACUAGCGCAAAUUCCCGACAACGUUUAUUUUUACAACAGCAUGUUCACCGACGUAGAUCGUGUCUCUCAUCAAGGCGACAACUUCUGGGACAUUCUGAAAGUUCGAAGGGAGAAGGAGACCACGGAUUGGGAUGUCCAGGUGAAGAUAUAUGGCCCGGACGAGAAGGUGGUUUGCCCUGCCUGCUUGGAAAGUGUGUGAUAGCAGUGGAAAGACUGCUCACCAUCGCCUAAGUCCCUAUCAUCGUCCACAUCAUCGUCUCCACCAUCGUCCCCGCCAUCACGCUUCACACUCUGCUGCCCUUUCGUCUAUCCUCAACCAGAAUUCACGUGAUAUGCUACAACCCAAUGAUCCUUCCUGACGUGCAUUGCACGAAUGUGUCUGUCAAGC